AUGGUUUCCCGACGGAGAAGAGGAACUAAGCAGGUGAAAAGAUGGUCAUCGGUGGUAGUAAUCGAUUAUGGUUUGUUGUAUGUAAUGUCGGCUUUCAGAUUUGCCAGAGCCAAAUUCCAGUCCGUCAUCUCUGUCGAAGAAUUCACGAAAACUUCGGCUAUCAAUUCAAUCCUUCAUAUCCCAAUUUGGACUAGGCAAAGUGAUCUCAUGGACUUCGACGAGUAUGAUUACUUGGAGAAGACAGUCGACGAGGCUGACAACCGGAACGGCUCUUCUUCCAAGGCAAAGGACGGCGGCGCCGAACAGAGCGAGAAGGGUUACAGACGGAGGGACAGAGAGGAAGGCGACGAGGAAGAUGACCGAAUCGUAGAAGAAGAUCGGAAGAGUAAGAAAAGCAAAGGAGAGGAAGAGAACGGGAGUAGGAGAGACAGAGAGCGUGACCGUGAGGAGAGGUCUCCCAGGCUUGAGCGAGAGCGUGAGAAGGAAUUGCUAAGAGAAAAAGAAAGAGAACUCGAAUCAAGGGAAAGCAGAUGGAGUAUUUGCACAUACUAA